UCACCACUCCGCGCUAGAACCCUCCUCUACACCAUCUGCUACCACCGGCUUCUCUCUCUCUCUCUCUCCUGAAAAGCAUUCGAUGCGUACGAAUCCAGGAGCAAUUCGGCCCUUCCAAUCGAAGGAUUCAUAGCUGGCGAUCAAAAAAAUCUCCGAAACCCUACGAAUUCUGAUCCCUUGAGUUGAACUGACCAAGGCCGGGAUGGCAGAUGUGACUGGUUAUAUGCGAACUUGCUUGCAAUCUGGAAAACUCGCCAUGUUAGCAAUUCUUGUGUCCGGGGGAAUUGUUUUGCAAAUACUGGCAUGCGCUCUGUACAAUAAUUGGUGGCCCAUGUUAACAGUAUUAAUGUAUGUGGUUCUACCAAUGCCUUUAAUCUUCUUUGCCGGAUUUGAUAGCUCUUCUCUCUAUUCCGAAUCAUCCAGUGGUUGGAUAGAUGCAACAAAGUUUCUAACAGGUGCUUCAGUAGUUGGUAGUAUUGCUAUUCCGGUCAUUCUCAAGCACGCGGGUGUAAUUGGUUGGGGAGCAUUGGCAAUGGAGCUUUCAUCUUUUUUUAUCUUUGCUAUGGCCAUUUUAUGUUACCUUGGUACAAAUGGGGAUGAUGCCUAUAGUAUGUUCUAAAAUUUGGAGGUUGACGAGGCUUGCGCCUGCCUUAUUCGGCUAUUGCGCAAUCAGUCGGUGCCGGUGUGUGUUUUCUUCUUGUGUGGAGAUCUUAUCUGUGCCUUUUUUUUGUUCUGCUCUGAGGUGUGACAGAAAUGUAUAUAUACAUUUGUGGCACAUGACAUCAUCUUCUUGUGUUGAAAUGGUGUGAAAAACACCACAGGGAAUUUGGAUUAUUUCUAAACAUUAAUUAAUUUGAUUCAUUUUGUAA